AUGACAAACAAUGAAUGUCAUGCAGGAAGAAAUCUUUUUAAUGAGGUUGAUAUACUUACUCAAGAGAACAAAUUAUUUGUCAAGACCGUCUACCAUUGAUCCAUUCAAUUAUUCCAGACACUCUGUAAAUCCUUGCAUUGAAUGACCUUUACUAUUGAAGCGUAUGCGAAUCUUCUUGAGGUGGCCUAUUUGAAAGCACAAUGGGUUAAACUCUAGCAACAACAGUCACUGUGAAACCCCCCAGCUUACUCUAUCUUUUUGAGUCAUGUCAAGCAGCAUUUUACAAGCACUUCGCCAGAAUGGCGUCUCCUUAAGCAGCAAGUUUCAACCUAUGGCUCGUACUAUGACAACCAGCGUCACCACAGUUCCCAACAACGAAGUCGUUAGUCAAUUAGUAAACACACUCAUGCGUGAUGGUAAAAAAGCAAGAGCACAACGCUUGAUUUUUGAUAGUAUGAAGCACCUUUCCAAAAAAGUCGGUCCUGAAUCCGAUCCUUAUAACGUUUUGUAUGAAGCUAUUGAGACUGCUUCACCUUUAUUGAAAUUGUCUUCUACAAAAAAGGGCUCUAAAGUUGUGCAUGUGCCUACAGCCUUAAGAGAUCGUCAACGUCGCCGUCGUGCUAUUGUUUGGAUGUUGGAUGCUUCUAAAAAGCGUGGAGAAAAGACAUUUGAAGAAAGAUUUGCCUCAGAAGUGUAUGAUGUCUCUCAGGGUGUAAGCACAGUUUUACAAAAGAAACAACAGGUUCACAAACAAGCAUUGGCUAACCGUGCUAAUGCUCAAGUCUCUUACAACACUCAGCGAUAGACCAACUCUUUUUUAUUCUCUUGUACCAUUCACAUUUUUUAUAUAAUAAAAUUCCUUUUCAUGUAAAUACAGUGAUCAUCAGCAGGGUCAUACAGAACUCUGAG